AUGUCAACAUGAGCAAAUUUAGGUUUACAAGAUAGUUCUUCUCCAUUAAUAGAACAAUUAAUUUUUUUUCAUGAUCAUGCAUUAAUAAUUUUAGUAAUAAUUACAGUAUUAGUCGGAUAUUUAAUGUUUACAUUAUUUUUUAAUAAAUAUGUUAAUCGUUAUUUAUUACAUGGACAAACAAUUGAAAUUAUUUGAACUAUUUUACCUGCAAUUAUUUUAUUAUUCAUUGCUUUCCCUUCUUUACGAUUAUUAUACUUAUUAGAUGAAAUUAAUGAACCAUCAGUAACUUUAAAGGCUAUUGGUCAUCAAUGAUAUUGAAGUUAUGAAUACUCAGAUUUUAAUAAUGUUGAAUUUGAUUCUUAUAUAAUUCCUACAAAUGAAUUACCAGUAGACGGAUUUCGUUUAUUAGAUGUAGAUAAUCGAGUAGUUUUGCCAAUAAAUUCUCAAAUUCGAAUUUUAGUAACCGCUGCUGAUGUAAUUCAUUCAUGAACUGUUCCUGCUUUAGGUGUAAAGGUUGAUGGUACUCCUGGUCGUCUAAAUCAAACUAAUUUCUUAAUUAAUCGACCAGGUUUAUUCUAUGGACAAUGCUCAGAAAUUUGUGGAGCUAAUCAUAGUUUUAUACCAAUUGUAAUUGAAAGUAUUCCUGUAAAUUAUUUUAUUAAGUGAAUUUCUAAAAAUAAUUCUU